UAUACUAACGUAAGAUAUCCAUCUGGCAUUACAGCGACUCUCACUCUUGCCACCGCCAUCCCACAUCCUCCAUUCAUCCCAUCACCCACCGACCCAACCGGUUCGCAAUACUGGCACUCCGCCCAUCCAGCAGACGGACCUAGUCCCACUACUACCGCUCCCACCUCAAGUUCCAGCAUCAACAACACCGGCCUAGGUACUGACAGCACCGACUGGUCAUCCUCAUCCUCAGAUCCAGACACAACACUGCCAAUAACGCUCCCCUCGAAUUUCAACACAGUGCGCAUCGCCCACGCCGUGUUCGCGUCGAGUGCGUUCCUGGUCUUCUUCCCUCUCGGCGGGAUCUUGAUCCGCAUCUGCCACCCUCACCCUUGCAUUGUGUGGAUCCAUGCGGCGAUUCAGACGUUCGCGUACGUCGUCUUUGUCGUGGCUGCGGGGUUGGGGGUGUGGAUGGCGAAGAAAGUGGAUUGUUUCCCGACAUCCCACACCAUCAUCGGCCUCGUACUGCUCUCCCUCAUCGCCCUAGUCCAGCCGACAACCCAAUUCCUCCACCACCGCCUCCACCCACACCACCCCCGCCUCGCCGUCUACCUGGCCCACACACAUCUCUGGCUCGGCCGGGUCCUGGUGACGCUCGGCAUCAUCAAUGGCGGGCUAGGGUUUCAACUUGCCUCGACCUCUCCUGGGGUGGCGUGGUCGAGGGCGCCGAAGGUCGCGUAUGGAGUUGUGGCGACGUUGGUGUGGAUUGUCUAUGUGGCUGUUUUGGCCGUUUGGGUGGAAUUGGGGAGGGGAGAGUCUUGGUCGAGA